AUGUCGGUGGAGUCGGGAGCCAAUAACCUGGCGGCGGAGGAGGCGCCGCAACCGCCGCGGUCGGAGUCCGAGUCGGUGGGGGUGCGGGAGUCCGGCGUUGCCUCCUCAAGCGUGGUCACUCAGCAGUCUCCGGAGCAACUCCCUAAAGGCGGCGAGGAGAGCGUGCCAAGCAAUAGCAACUCCUUCUCCGUGGCCCGGCCUAGCGUCGCCACGGACCCAGAGCCGUUGCGGAACCUUAUUGUGAAUUAUAUUCCUCCCAUGAUGGAUGAAAUGCAGCUGUGCAGCCUCUUUGGCCAGUUUGGUCCCAUUGAAAGCGUGAAAAUUAUCUAUGACAGGGAGACGCGCGAGAGCCGGGGUUAUGGUUUUGUGAAGUACGUUCACUAUUUUAGUGCGUCGUAUGCCGCAAAUUCCCUCAAUGGGUACUGCAUCGCGGGGAAGCGUCUGAAGGUGGCGUACGCUAAUGUGGAGGCGGCGUGGGAGGCCUACAAUGCGCUGCGGGCGUCAGCCAUGAUGUUCUCGCUACCGCAGCAGGCGGCCUUGCAGAACGUCUUCUACCAGCAAAUGCUCCUGGCACGGCAGGAGGGCGAUGAACGGCAUCAGCGGUAG